GCCUUGCAUGUACCGGACUCGAACGGAACGCCGCUACCGCCGACUGCGCCGCUCCAACCAACCCACCCUGUUCCGCUCCCCCUUCUACGACCGUACCACUGGCGUUCUUAUUAGAUUUUAUGGCGACUCCGACUUAGAAAAAAAACAACAACCACGAAAAUAUCGACGGUCGGCCGCGCCUUUGGCCGUUUUAUUCUCCUCGUUCCUCGGCCCAUAUCCAUUCGUUUCGUUCUCGCGCCGUUAGAAUCGCACUCUGCCACAGCUGCGGCUCUGCCGACGUCGCUGCCAGUAGACGACUUAUUGGCUUUAAGCGAAUUUGAACGUUGCUCGAACUUUUAUUCUACGUGUUGGUUUCAUCGUGUGAGCAACUCUGAAACGCUACAUAUUCGCAGCGGAAACUGAAAAACACACAAACCGAAAUCACAAAAACCAACCCUUCCCUCCCCUAUAAAAAAUACACUGAAACACAAAAUCUCGCGCUACGCAAGUGUUACAAACGAUAUCUAAGAAAAUGUAUAUUGUAAUCAACCUACAAAUCUAAGAGAUUUUACAAUAUUUUUUUUAAGUGUUGAACCUAAAAAGUGCUUUAAACAACAACAAUAACAACUACCAAAAUGCCUUAUAACAGCGUCACACUUUAGUGAAACAAGAAGAAGUGUUAGUCCCCACCCCUUUUGCUAAAUACCCAUUUAAAACUCAAAAAAUAAGGAUACCCAAACAGGUGUCCGCUUGCCAAAAGGCCAACGAAACACACCGGAGACAAUCGGAAUCAUCAGCACGUGGGCAGAGCGCGUUUGAAGGAGAAGACUCCCCAACAGUUAAGCUCACUUCAGCUUGGGUCUGGCGAUUCGUUCAUUUAAUGAUUCGCGGCCGAUGUGAAGCGAAGUGCCGGCUGUUCGACGUUCAACGCAUUCGCUCGGCCUUAGCGCUCUGAACAACAACAAAAGUCGGGGAUCUGGGCCGAUGGAACCGAUGGAUCGGCCAUAAUCAUCCAGCCCCUCAAAAACACUGAAUAAACCGAAGGAAAAACUCUAGAGCUUUUUGAUAGGAGUUUUGAAUUGUGAUAAACGAAACAGUGAAAAGUGUGCAACUCCAGAACGCAUUCUAUAUACACAUACAAAAUAUAUAUACAAGAUAUAUAGAAGUGAACUUUUUGGACAGUCCAACCAACCAAUGCAACGCGUAGGCCUUCAACUGUGAUUUAAGAAUACAUAACAAAACAAGGAAACCUAGUUUGAUACGUUAAUUUUAGUUCGGUUUAGUUUUUGUUUAACUUCACGUGUGUGCAACUGCAACUGCCAACCGAUUAGAUAGCCAUGUUCAACUCAAACAUACCGGCCACCUCGCUACUCAGCAUCGACAACGGCGGCAUCCUGAUGGGGGCCCACACGCCCAAGACACCCGAGAUCCUUAACUCCCUGAUCGCCAUGACCAAUCCGCUGGACAACUUCAACUAUAGUUCGGGGACAGCGGCUGCCGUUUCUGCCGCUGUUUCUGCAUCGGCAGCCUCUUCGGCAUCCUGCAGUGCCGCGUCCACGCCGGUAGUCACCGUGCGUCACUUCAACGGGCAUCCCAACGGCCAGUCGCAGGACAGCAGUCAUUCCAGUUGCUCCGGAUCGCCGCUCGACUCCCCAGCGGGCACGGCCACCACACCCAGCGUGCAACAGACGUGUUCUCGCCUGAUCAAGGAGGGCUUAAAACUGUCCAUUCAGAGCAAGCGAAAGCUGUCCACCUGCGACUCCAGCUCGGGAUCGGACCAGCCGCACUCCAAGUACUCGCGGCGCAGCAACAACGGGCAUAGCGGCAAAUGCAACAACUACAGUGGCAGCAUGAGCAAUGCCAACGACUUGUACGACGACUGUGAGGAGUCGAGCGACGAGGACAGCGAGACCAAAUCGCAGCCAAAGGGACUCACCCCCGAGGACGAGGACCGCCGUCGGAGGCGUCGCGAGCGGAACAAGAUCGCGGCUACCAAGUGUCGAAUGAAGAAGCGCGAACGCACCCAGAAUCUGAUAAAGGAGUCGGAGAUCUUGGACACCCAAAACGUGGAUCUGAAGAACCAAGUUCGUGUGCUAGAAGCUGAUCGCAGAAAGCUGAUAGACAUGCUGCAAUCGCAUAGCUGCCAGAGAGCCGAAGGCUGCCAAUUGCCCAACCGAUUGCUCAUAUCGCCGGCCCAUAAAUAUCUCAGCGAUCUGGAAUUGAAGACGUCCAACGAGGUGACAAAUUCCGGGAACAACAAUAGCCAGCGGUUACAGAGCAUACCCUCGAUGGCCACCUUUAAGUAUGGCUCAAAAACGGCGGCGGCCAUGGCCCAACAACUGCCCACUGGCUACUGUAAACCGUCGCCAAGCGACCAGGAGUUCGAGCACGCCAGCUACCAGCAGCAGCAACAGCCUCUGAAUCCCGCCGGUAACAGCAUGGUUGAGCAGCAAGCCAAUCCUAGUCCCAGUCUGAUCUCGGACUAUGUGCCCAACUGUGAUGGUCUGAACGGCAACAGCAACAAUCAAAGUCACAACAGCAGCAGCAACACCAGCAGUAACAUCACCAGCGGCAACAACAGUAACAUAAGCAGCAGCAAUGCCACGAGCAACACCUCCACAACACCCACCGCCACCAACAGCACCAUUGAGUUUGUGAAGAACGAGCUGGUGGACUCGCAGAGUCCAUACACCACCGCCCUAAGUGCGGAGAGGUUCUUGUUUGAGCCUAGCGAUGGUUUUCCUGACAUCAAGAACGCCUGCGUUUUGCCCUCGCCCUGCGGUAUCAAUGGCGUCAACAUGGCCAGUGUGGUGCACUCGAAUGGCAAUACCGGCAAUAACAACAAUAAUAAUAACAAUAACAACCACUUGAUGGACUUUCACCAGGGCCUGCAGCAUGGAAACAUUGGCGUUGGUGUGGGUGUGAUGACGCCCUACGAUGACGAGCAGUUGCUGUUGCUGAAGAACGGUUGCUACACCACCGAUCUGCUGUCCCAGCUUGUGGACGACGGCGGGGAGUAUGUGGACCUGGAUUCAGCCACCGCGUUUAUGAACAACGGUAGUUGCCUGGCGUGAGGAAGGGCGCCGGACAGGGAGCGGGAUCGAGACCGCAACCUGCUGCUCCUAGCCUUCGAACAGUCCAACAGCCAACAGCAGCAGCAGCAGCCAUUGCACAACCCUGUUGAGAAAGAGGAACCAUCAGCUAGUCCACAACUUGAUCGGCAGGUGGAACUCGAACUCGAAAUGGAGCUGCAACUCGGAGAAGAACAGGAUCCGGCUUGGGCCCAUGUAGACUACUGGUGCUAGGCCAUUAACCCUAUACUAAUGUUAUUCGCGACCGCCACACAUCGACUAAGCAAAGUAGGAUUACAGAAAACAAAGCCGCAGUCCCCUCAAAAACCAGUAACCUUUUACCGAGAUCCCAUCCAAUCCGACCCAUAUUAUCCUGCAAAUUCUUCCACUUAACUAAAACAUUUUAAAACGUUUUUUAACUCCAAAUUUCAGAUAUAUUAUUUUAAAUAGUCCAUUUUUAAAAUCUGCUUUAAUUUAUCACAUUUUACAUUCCUUAAACCGUUUGUUUCUUAACUUCGGGUUCUUUUGCAGUUAACCGAGUUAUUCAAUACUUCACCCACCUUUUAAACGCCCGUAAUCAAAGUUCUUCCAAUAGCAAAACAGCCAUGAAAGGCCCCGAUCCCGCGAUUUAUUUAUGAAGCACUCGAAUAUAAUCCCCAACCCCCAAAUUCAUCCUCCUUCCUUCUUCAUAAAAAGCCUGAUCCUUACAUCCCAAGUCCGCCUGGAGCCGGUAUCCAGCCUGUGGCUUGACUACCUCAUAAAGCAGAAAGCUAAAACAAUUAACAGAUAACUAUCGAUAGAGAGCUGUAAAAAGUAAGGAGUAAAGAACGUAGGACAAUGGACAAAAUCAGAAGUGUGACGAGCACACAAGCACACGCGCAGCGGAAAAAGUAAUACUUGCACAACUGUACAUAACCCAAUUUUUGAUACGAUAACUAGGUAUAUCGAUAACAUUCCAUUGCAAGCCUGCGAGAUAGGGAAGUCGAGAGAGGAAGAGCAGUAAUCAACUGCGAGCAGUCACAUCCGCAUCAGUAAUUAUUAAUAUUAAUUUGUUCAAUUCUUUUUCAAGCGUAUUUUUAUUUGCUCUUCGAUCCAAGCAAGGCCUUAAAAAUUAUAUUAACUCUGCUUAUAUAUGUAAACAAUCGGAUGAGAUUAGAAGGAAAAUUCAAUUUGAGAAUUCGAAGCAGACGCAGAAACAUAAAUAGGAAGUUCAUGCGAUAUGACGUUUGAUAUUUUUUUCUAAAACCUAGGCUUAGUCAGUGAUAAACCAUAUAUAUAUAUACAUAUAUCGUAUAAACAAACAAAAUACAUGUAUGAAUUUUGUUUUUUUUUUUUUGUGUCCGUACUUUGUAAGCUUUUUUAACGAUGAGCGAAAAUUGUGUUAGCUGUUGCCUUAAUCAAAAAUGAAAACGACAAAAAAAGAUCUUUCAAUUGAAAACUAAAACUAAAUUACUAAUCUACACUUUGUUAAAUAUUUCGCAAAACUAAUCUACAUAUUCAAGAUCAACAAAAUAUUUAAAUACUAAAUACACAUAUAUAAGAAGAUGGAAAGAAAGAGAUAUGUAUGAUGUAUGAAACGGUGGAAUCUAAGACCUUAAGGGGCUGCUAAAAUUUAAACUUUGCAACUCCUUUCUACUUGCGCCUUAUUAAAGUUUAACAAAACAAAACACUUUUGUAUUUUAUAAUAUAUACAUGCGGUAGAAAAGUUGAUGAAUAUAUAUACAAGGAUGUACUAAAACAAAGCAAAACCUAUAUAUUUGUGCCUGUCUAUUGCUUGAUCUACGAGUUAAAGCAUAACUAUUUAUACACGGAUAUAACAGUUAUAUAUAUAUAUAUAUAUAUAUAUACAAAUGUGUGUGUACAAACAGCUGUGAACACCAAAAAGUGGCUUAAAGGUGCAUCCAACCCAAAAAAUUACAACAAAAAAUCACAAGUGCUUUUAAAUUGAUUUGUAAUCGUAAAUGCCUCGAUCUAAAAAGAGUUAACCAACGAUAAACGAUAACGAUAACGAUAAUCGAUACAAUUUAUAUAUGUAUGCAAUAUACGCAACACCGUUAUUUAUGACAUGUAAACGAACCCGAUGUGCUCUUCCAGCCUCUUAAGCACCGCCUUUUUUCUCUAGUUGUACCAAGUUUACCAUAAUGUUAUGUCACCCCAAAAUCCCAAGUAAACCCAAGUAACCCCUAUUUAAAUGCGUGCCUUUUUGCCCCAAAUAGCAUUUUAAGCAUGUAACCUAACCAGCAAAGAAACCCUUCCACUCGAAAUGGAAGUUAAAUUAAAAAUUGUAUUGAUCAUACCUUGAGCAAAGUUUACCUCACACACACAAAACAAUCGCACACAAAACACACACACACAAAGAAGCAACCCUUAAAGAUUUAGGGUAACAACUUAACUCGCCGCCAAUUGAUAUUACGUUCAGCUUCCAAAAAAAAAAAAAAAAAAAAAAAAAAAUUAAACUAAAAAAUAUUUACCAAAAACAAAUUGAAAACUAAAACAAGUUUCAACAACUCAGGUCAGGCGAGUGGAAGAGUUGCCAGGGUUGCCACCGCAUUCGAUGUUAAAUGUAAUUUGUAACUGUAAAUGCUAACUGUAAAACGUAAUUAUAUAUGGCAAAAUGCAAUCAAGUCCAUGUUAGAUCACCAAAAACUAAUCAGAGGACGAGAGAAUAGUUCCCGCUUGUAAAUUCGUUAAUUUUUGUAUUAUUUCUCGAUUUGUUUGUUUGUUUUCGAUUAAUAUUCUCUAAUAUAUAUCUACAUAAAUAUUAUCUUAGAGUCGCGUUUGAGUUUGAGUUCUGGGUUUGUGGGCAGCUUCUGCCAGCAGCUGAAUGGCAGAAAUAUUGUAUUAAUAGAGCAUUGUAGAAAUAGUUCGACAUCAUCCGACAGCCAUCAUCACUUUCAUCCACAGAGGACUCAUUCGUUCUACAGUGGCGCAUCUGAUCAACAUUUUUCCAUUUCGACCUUUGUCCUUGACCUUAUGCCGGUCCCCACAUCUUUUUAGCUUUUAGUUUUAAGCUAAACGAAGUUUAACAAAAAUAAAUAACUUUAACACUACAUGCGCUGCGAAAGUACCUGGAUAAAUAGAACGAUCAACAAUAACGAUAGAUCAAACUUAGUUAUUGUCUGAAAAAGCAAAUCGCAAACCGAACUCAGCUGCUAGCAAAAGCGGACCAGAAAACCCCAUUACAAACCCAACUAAGCCCCUUAAUUGUGUAGCUCUAGACCUAUAUAUAUCCAUGUAUAUUGCUAAAGAUAUUGAUAAAGUUAAAGAAAUUUAUAUAUGUAUAUGACCACAAACCGCAAGAUCAAGCAACAAACAAAGAAAACUCCCACAAACUGUGCUAAAAACAAACGUAAGAAGAAAAAAUGUGUCGAGAGAGUCCAGAUGUUAUUUGUGUAAUUUUGACCAGAGCAAAACUAUUCGAAAAAUAGAUCUAGGCGACUAGGCGAACAAUGUGAAAGCCAAGAAAGAGGAACAGCAACCAAGCCCAAUCAAAUCUAUGUCUUACUGAUUGAUAAUGGAUAGUCGAUAAUGUUAACUCUCACCCAAGUCAUCCUUACCCAGUGUGUUUUACGUUAUUCCGAAGACGUACUCGUAUAUCUAACGCGCGCUAUAUUCGCAUCAAUAUCUGUAUCUCUAACUGUUUCUGUAAACCAUCUACGAUUCGACCACAACCAAUCACACUCUAAAAGAACAACAAUAAAAUUCAAGUUUGAUAUCCAA